AUGCGUGCCGAACAUGACACCGACCGACCCAUCAACUGGGUCACGGCCGGUUCAGUCUCCCUUCUUACCCACUCUACCCACUCCACCCCUCGACCCCAUCUCUUGGCAGCCGUCAGGCUUACUCGUUCCCUAUUUCCUCUUCUAUAUAAGAACCGACUUCAAGUUCUAAGACGUCUGGAGCGGGCGGGUGCGGGGACUGAGGGGACUGUUGGAGGAGUGGGGGGAGACUGGAGGGAGGAGGGAGGGGGAGGGGGGCAGAUAAGCUUCGUUCAGUAA